CCGCGGCGGAUGGGACUGUAGCGGCGGGUGACUUCGCGGCGGCCCCAUGUUUUCCCCCAGCCAGGAGGAGCACUGCGCGCCUAACAAGGAGCCCGUCAAGUACGGGGAGCUGGUGGUGCUGGGGUAUAAUGGAUCCCUCCCUAAUGGUGACAGAGGACGCAGGAAAAGCAGAUUUGCCCUUUAUAAGCGACCUAAGGCAAAUGGAGUUAAGCCCAGCACUGUUCAUGUGAUUUCUACUCCUCAAGCAUCGAAGGCAAUCAGCUGUAAAGGUCAGCACAGUAUCUCUUACACAUUAUCCAGAAACCAGACUGUUGUAGUGGAGUAUACUCACGAUAAAGAUACAGACAUGUUUCAGGUUGGGAGGUCAACAGAAAGCCCCAUAGACUUUGUAGUAACUGAUACUAUUUCUGGGAGUCAAAAUAAUGAUGAAACCCAGAUUACGCAAAGCACCAUAUCCCGUUUUGCAUGCAGGAUUGUUUGUGACAGGAGCCCACCAUAUACAGCAAGGAUUUUUGCAGCUGGAUUUGACUCGUCUAAAAAUAUAUUUCUUGGUGAAAAAGCAGCAAAGUGGAAAAAUCCUGAUGGCCACAUGGAUGGAUUGACAACUAAUGGAGUGCUGGUCAUGCAUCCAAAAGGAGGGUUCACGGAAGAGUCUAAACCUGGAGUUUGGCGAGAAAUCUCAGUCUGUGGUGAUGUGUACACUCUUCGGGAAACCAGAUCUGCUCAGCAAAGGGGGAAACUGGUAGAAAAUGAGACCAACGUCCUACAAGAUGGCUCUCUCAUUGACCUGUGUGGAGCCACCCUUCUGUGGAGAACGGCAGAUGGACUGUUCCACACUCCCACUCAGAAACACAUUGAAGCUCUGCGACAGGAGAUAAACGCCGCCAGACCGCAGUGUCCUGUUGGGUUAAACACUUUAGCAUUUCCCAGCAUCAACCGUAAAGAUGUGGUAGAAGAGAAGCAGCCUUGGGCAUACCUCAGCUGUGGUCAUGUUCAUGGCUAUCACAACUGGGGACAUCGCAGUGACACAGAAGCCAAUGAGCGGGAAUGUCCGAUGUGCAGAACCAUUGGCCCCUAUGUGCCUCUCUGGCUUGGUUGUGAAGCAGGCUUUUAUGUGGAUGCUGGUCCUCCAACUCAUGCUUUCACCCCUUGUGGACAUGUGUGCUCUGAGAAGUCUGCAAAAUACUGGUCUCAAAUCCCACUGCCUCAUGGUACUCAUGCAUUUCAUGCUGCCUGCCCUUUUUGUGCAACACAACUGUCUGGGGAACACAACUGCGUCAAGCUCAUUUUUCAGGGUCCAAUUGACUGAUACCACUUUGCAAUGACCACAAUAACAUUUUCUUUAACAAUUUACUGUGAAGAUUUUGCCACUAACUCUAGAUUUUACCCUUUUUUAUAAUGUUAUUAAUAGGGUGGUAGGGUGGGGAUGGGGAACUGACAAGGAAAUUGUGAGGGACUGUGGUGGAAUUGGGAUACAUUGAUACCUGGAACUUGACAGAUAUCAGUGGUGUUGCAUGCUCAAAAGCAGCAUAUUCAUGAAGUCUUCUUGGUCAAAUUGUAGUAUAUUUGUAACCUUUUUAUUAGUACCCUGGAUCAGAAAAAUGUGUCUUAAUGAUUUUUUUAAGCUAAGAUUUUUUAAUGGAAAGGUUUUUUCUUCUAAACUUUGACAAGCCUUUAAAACCUAUUUUUCAAACCUAGAAGGAACAUACAGAAUGUAACUGUCUUUAAUUUGCAAUAUAAUUUAACUUGAAUAGUUUCUUGAGCUAAUACAGAAUGUGUGGACAACCAUAGGUUAAUGGAGAUAAUUGGAUAUGUAAGAGAAAAAUUAGCUGCCUAAAUUGUAGAGUAUAAAAGCUAUUAAAAUAUCUAUUAUGGUAUAACAGAGCUGGCCAAAAAGGCAUCAAGGAUUAUUUCAAACUGAGGAAAUCCUGUUUGCAUUGAUUUCCUUUCAGUGUAAUAGAUAUCCACUGUUCAUUAUGUAUGGUAUGUGGCUGAUUUUUUUUUUUUUCCUCUUCCCCCCCCGUUUAACCUGCAUCUAGUGAAACUGCUUUACUUUUUUUACAUACUUAGUUCUGGUUUUUAAGCCAAUGUUCUGUAUAUGUGUAGCCUGGCCUUUUUAUUUCUGCUUAACUUAGCUUGUCCUAACUGCUCCUUGCAUGCCCAGGACCAUUGGGUUAAUUGAAAUGUAGCGAGCCUUUAAAAAACUGCAUUAAUGAAGGGGUGGUGCUGCAGCAAGACAGAAGGUUUAGGUACAACUUAUACAGAACUUAUUUACGUAGACCUGAAUUCAGGAAAGCACUUAGUUCGUGUUUAAAUAUAAGCCCACGGAUGGGACUGUUUAGAUUCUCAAGUGCUUCAAUGGAUUGUGGUUAUAUGCUGUUACAUUUUUAAAAUAAAAAAGCAAUUAAAAAUAAGUUAUUUUUUAAGCUCACUUACUAGCCAAAAUGCUGUAAGGAGAGCAUCAUUUCUAGUUCAGCUGAGUAUUUUUGUUCAGUUUUCAACUUGCUGCCAUCUGUCACCUUUUUUUGCAGAUUGAGAUGUGUUUGUAUCCAUUUUUUUUCAAAUGUUUGCAAAUCAAACAACAUUCAAAUGUAAUCAAAUAUAUGCACCAGGGUGGUACAUCUGAAGUGGAUCACUUGAAAUUCCUGACUUUUUAAGAGAACUGGUAAAUGUUUACUAUGGAAAUAAUUAAAUCAGAAUUUCAUAUGAGAUGUACCCUGCCCACUGUUAGUUUCAUUUCAUACAGAAUGAUAACUCUUUGAUUUGUGGCUUUUUUUUUCCUUUUGCUUUCUGUAGUCUUGGUAUCUGAGGUAUCAAUCUAUCCAGGUUUAAGGAAAAAAGAAUUUGGGAGAAAAUUAUAACAUCUCUAGAUGAAAUUGAUCAUUCAAGCUCAGUUCUGUUUAAUCAACUAUAGCUUUUUGCUAUAUUUGUGCCCUUUGUAUAAAUAUAUAAUUUAUAUGAUUUUAAUA